GGGGGAAAACCGGCCAGCAGAAAUAUCCACUACGUCUACACGCGAGGAUGGGACAAACCAGCCAUUGGAAAUGAAAUGAGCCACGCCUUCCGUUCCCUCAGCCACAUCCCUUCUCUAGUUAACAAAACCUGAGACUGCUCUCCCCUCGGUUUCCCACCAUUAUUUCCUCCGUAGUCCGUUGCAACCACUCUAAGCUUCUGUCCUGUGCUUCUAAAGAUGUCAGCAUCAUCAGCUUGCCUUUUAGGGAAUGGUUUGUCAACAAUAAACGCGAAACCAACAAAUUUCUAUGGCAGAAGCAUUCUUCCCAGUUCAAGUCUUCCUUCAUUGGGCAACACAUCAUCAAAAGCAUUAUUGGUGAAGGCAUCUUUGGACAGAAGGCAGCUUGGUAGAAGAAGAGAUUUUCUGAAGCUCUUGUUGGGGAGUGCGGGGCUUGGAGGAUCUGCUUUGCUUGGAAAUGGGAAAGCUCUUGCUGACGAUCAAGAUGUUUCUUCAUCCAGGAUGUCUUAUUCCAGGUUUUUGGAGUAUUUGGAUAAGGAUAGAGUGAAAAAGGUGGACUUGUUUGAGAAUGGGACAAUUGCUAUUGUGGAGGCUGUUUCACCUGAGUUGGGUAAUCGGGUGCAACGCGUUCGUGUGCAGCUUCCAGGCCUUAGCCAAGAACUUCUUCAGAAAUUCAGAGAAAAGAAUAUUGACUUUGCAGCUCACAAUGCACAAGAAGACUCUGGUUCUUUCCUUUUUAACUUGAUUGGAAAUCUAGCUUUUCCUUUAAUCUUGAUAGGAGGGCUUUUCCUUCUCUCUCGACGUUCCCCUGGAGGAAUGGGUGGUCCUGGGGGCCCUGGUAACCCCCUUGCAUUUGGUCAGUCUAAGGCAAAGUUCCAAAUGGAGCCCAACACUGGUGUAACAUUUGACGACGUUGCUGGAGUUGACGAAGCUAAGCAAGAUUUCAUGGAAGUUGUGGAGUUCCUUAAGAAGCCUGAGAGAUUCACUGCAGUUGGGGCUCGUAUCCCAAAGGGUGUCCUUCUUGUUGGUCCUCCAGGAACUGGGAAGACUCUUCUAGCUAAGGCCAUUGCAGGUGAGGCUGGUGUCCCAUUUUUCUCCAUAUCCGGUUCUGAGUUUGUUGAGAUGUUUGUCGGUGUUGGUGCCUCAAGAGUCCGUGAUCUCUUCAAAAAGGCAAAGGAGAAUGCUCCAUGCAUUGUGUUUGUUGAUGAAAUUGAUGCUGUUGGAAGGCAAAGAGGAACUGGCAUUGGUGGAGGAAAUGAUGAAAGGGAGCAAACCCUAAAUCAGCUUUUGACUGAGAUGGAUGGUUUUGAGGGUAACACUGGCAUCAUUGUCGUUGCUGCAACCAACAGGGCAGACAUUCUUGACUCUGCUCUCCUGAGACCAGGACGGUUCGACCGACAGGUGAGUGUUGAUGUUCCAGAUGUACGUGGUAGAACUGAAAUCCUCAAAGUUCAUGCCAGUAACAAGAAAUUUGAUGCGGACGUGUCUCUCGAUGUCGUAGCCAUGAGAACACCUGGUUUCAGUGGAGCUGAUCUUGCUAACCUCUUAAACGAGGCAGCUAUCUUAGCUGGUCGCCGUGGGAAAACAGCAAUCUCACCUAAAGAAAUUGAUGAUUCUAUUGACCGGAUUGUUGCUGGAAUGGAAGGAACUGUAAUGACAGAUGGGAAGAGUAAAAGUCUUGUUGCAUACCAUGAAGUUGGCCAUGCUAUUUGUGGGACUUUGACUCCUGGCCAUGAUGCAGUUCAAAAAGUCACCCUAAUUCCACGAGGUCAGGCAAGAGGUCUUACUUGGUUUAUUCCAAGUGAUGAUCCAACCCUGAUCUCCAAGCAGCAACUCUUUGCCAGAAUUGUCGGUGGACUUGGCGGAAGAGCUGCUGAAGAAAUUAUCUUCGGUGAGCCUGAGGUGACCACUGGGGCAGCUGGUGACUUGCAACAGAUUACCGGUUUGGCCAAGCAGAUGGUGGUGACAUUCGGAAUGUCAGAGAUAGGACCGUGGUCGUUGAUGGACUCAUCGGCUCAGAGUGGGGAUAUGAUCAUGAGAAUGAUGGCAAGGAACUCGAUGUCGGAGAGGCUAGCGGAAGACAUUGACAGUGCUGUGAAGAGGCUCUCAGAUGGUGCAUACCAGAUUGCACUCUCCCACAUCAGGAACAACCGUGAGGCAAUGGACAAGAUUGUUGAAGUCCUCAUUGAGAAGGAAACAAUGACGGGUGAUGAGUUCCGGGCAAUCCUGUCCGAAUUCGUCGAAAUCCCCAUCGAGAACAGGGUUCCCCCGGCGGUGCCAACUCCAGUGACUGCUUGAAUCUGGAUUGCUGUGUUGCAUUCCACCACAACCAAACGUUUCCUGUUUAUCAACUGUUCAUGGUUGUGUAAUUUGUAGUAAUCUUCGAUCACUGUAAUUAUAUAAUAACAAACCAGGACACGUACGCUAAGUUAUAAGUUAAUGAAUACAAUAGUGUUUGAAUCACAGUGUCCAUUGGGGCAUUUGUCAGCAAGAGUACACAAAUAAGAACCAGA